CUUGACUCCCAACCAAAAUCUCAACAAGCUUGGUUCCAUUGAACUAGUCAAUUGUUCUGACAACCUAAUCCUCUACCUUGCCCAAACCUUGGAUCCUGCCCAGCUGCUCGUACUCGAUCUGGAUCACAGCUUUGUUUUCAAUGACUGUAAUUCGUUCCUUGACAGACUAAAACUCGUCUUUCCUGCCAAGGUCCCUCUAUCCAGUAGCAAUGAUAUUAAUGACAGCAAUCCUUCCCCUAGCAAUCCCGAGUGUUCGACUAACUCUAGUAACAAUGGCUUAGCCGCCAGCGAUAGUCCUAUUGGCCAAACAACUACGCUAGAUUCAACAACUAGUGCCAAUGCUUCCAAUGAGACGCCUUUUCAACUACAACUACGUUUUCGUAUAGACCGAGCUAUCCUGUCCAUGCCGAUUGGGCCAUUAGAAUCUCUUAAUCCAUUGCUUCAUCAAUUAUACUGCACGCCUCAAAUCGUUGAUAAAGCGAAUGAUAAUGAUGAGCCGGACUAUAGCUUGUUAGAACUCUUGAAGAUAAUGUUCUGGACCUACCAAGAACUCUCCACCGUUCAAUGUGACGACAAAAGCCUUGAAACGGCCCGCCGUUCCAUGAGACUCCGUGGUUUCCUAGACAAGCUGACCCGAGAAUGUAUAGAUGUAACCUAUCAACAAGACCCAGAUGUUCAAACUCUCAUUGAUCAAAUUACAGAAAUGACUAGAAUUAUAAGGACGUCUGUAAAGUCCAAUACUAACCAGACCAAUCUAAAAGAUUGGAAUUUGCCGUGGCUUGGAAUCCAAGUUUGUAUCUACCAGUGUUUUGAUGAUGACAUAGUCGCACUCCUAACAAGCCUAAUAGACUUCUUCUAUAUGUUUGCUAGCCAGCCAAUACAUCUAGUAUUCAGCAAUCUUUGUUUAAGUACUGCUACCCACCAUAGCUUCCUAGCGAGCCUAGACCCAAAAGUGUAUCAACAAUCGUAUAAUUGGCCUUCACGCGAUCGCUUCGCCAUUCUAUUGAUUUGUAGAGAACAACUACGCGGCAAGACUUGCCGAACUCUUUUGCUACGUCAAAACGAAGGCUCUCUAGCUCAGGCUGAUAAGCCGGGGCUUCCGAAUAGUAAGGGUUCAAAGCCUCAGAAUAAUGAUAAGUUAAAGCCAACGUAUAUUAAGAGAUUAAAUCCUCUGGGCGGCGAGUGCUUUCACGAUAUAAAUGAGAAUGAGGAGGCUGCCAGACGUAAGGGUCUUCUUAAAUUAAUAUACAUGGAUGAUGAGCUGGAUAACAUACCUAUACAUACUCUGCUCUGGUGUUGCUAUUUGUUGUGUUGCGGUGUUGAGUGA